GCAGUAUGUUGCAAAGUUCAAUUUCAUUCAAUGUUAUGUCAAGUGUUACAAACAACACGAAAUUAAAAGUUCGUUCUAUUCUAAAUCUUUUUGUAUAGGUUGCUCGUGUGUCUUAUUAUUAUAUAUUUCUUGAUGGGAUUAUAAUAUAAAAUAUAAUCUGUAAUAACGGAAUGCUAAAUCAUUUAAAACAUGACAACCAGGACAUUUAUGCGCCUGGCUGAUGCAACGAACAGAUGUUUAUUCAUGUUACCGUCUCAUACCAGUAGAUUACACGUACCAAAUGCGUACAAAAAUGUAAGAGGUUUUAAACGAUUAAAAGAUUCUACUAAACAACCUGAGAGUCCUUUUACCAGUCUUGAAAGUGAAAAUGGACCUGUUCAUUUUUCCAAGUUGUUAAAGCCAUUUGCUUUUACUAUUACGUUCACAGGAACAACACUAAUUGCUACAGCAAUUUGGGAAUAUGAAAGAAUUAGAAAGCAAACGUAUAAAAUAACGAAUUAUUUUAGACAAUAUUAUAAUAUUAAAACAGGAUGGCGCAAAGAAAUGGAAACAUGGUGGAAAAGUUUGACAGAUGGACAAAGAAUGUUUGCGCCUAUAUGUUUUUUGAAUGUUCUUGUAUUUCUCGCAUGGAGAGUACCUGCAUUUCAAAGUACAAUGUUACGAUAUUUCUGUGCUAAUCCUGCUUCUAAUGUAACAUGUUGGCCCAUGAUACUAUCAGCAUUUUCUCAUUAUUCUUUGUUACACUUGGCUGCAAACAUGUAUGUAUUGCAUAGUUUCAGUACAGGAAUUGUUGCUGCUUUAGGCAAAGAACAAUUUUUGGCACUUUAUUUGAGCAGUGGUGUAAUCUCCAAUUUUGCUAGUCAUUUUUAUAAAGUUGCAUUUGGUUUACCUGGUCUAUCUCUUGGAGCUUCAGGUGCAAUCAUGGGUAUUCUUGGAUUUGUCUGUACAGAGUAUCCAGAUACUCGUCUAGCUAUAUUUUUUCUUCCUAUGUUCACCUUUACUGCAAGCAUGGCAAUUAAAGUAACAAUGACUUUAGACUUUACAGGCUGCGUGUUAGGAUGGAAAUAUUUUGAUCAUGCUGCACAUUUAGGAGGUGCACUGUUCGGAAUAUUUUGGCAAGCUUGGGGUAAUGCUAACAUUUGGCGAAAACGGGAGCCAGUAUUAAUGUUUUGGCAUGAAUUACGAAAUCCACGCAAAUCGCAAUAAAUACUAACUUUUACAAAGUGAUAAUGUGAUUAUCAUAUAAAAAAUGGAGAACACAAAAUUUAUAAGUAUCAACACGUUUAAUAUAUUUUUAUUAUUAACAAUUCUUAUGUGUAUCAUGAGAAAACUGUUAAA